UUCGUUGACCUUUUUUCUUUCAGAGAAUCUGAAAUGGGUUGGGGGGUCAUUGAAAGCCGGCGCACAGCAUUCCCGCGUGGCACAACCAGAGUGGGAGUCAAGGAAACGAGUGGGGACGUUCCUGAGCUCGAAAACGCAAAAAGAUCAGGAACAAUCGUACUCUCUCCACAGCCAAGCGAUGAUCCCAAUGAUCCUUUAAACUGGUCAUCCACGUGGAAAUGGCUGCAUUUGAUCGUCGUCGCGUUUGGCUCGGCAGUUACUAAUGCUGGUACCACCAUGCUGACCCCCGGCCUCGAACCUCUGAUUGAACGAUUCCAAAGUAACGACGUAGACGUUGGAACUUGGAUUCUUACAGCGCCUACGUUUUGGACAUCUGCUAUAGCCUUUCUCCUCGUUUCCGGCACCGAUAUCUGGGGCAGGCGACCAUUUUACUUUUGGAGUGUCGUCCUAAUGGCUGCCGCCAACUUCUUGUCAUUCGUUUCCCAGUCAUUUCCUGUCUUGGCGGUGACGAGAACAGCAAACGGAUUCUUCUCAGCACCGCUAUUUACGCUUGUGACUGCGACCAUCAGCGACAUUUUCUUUGUUCACCAGCGCGGAAAGUCUAUUGCUAUAUGGAAUCUAUCGCUCAAUGCAGGAGGACAAGUUGGUCAAGUGAUAGCUGGCGUGGUCACCGACACUCUCGGUGUUCAAGCCAACUUUCUGCUUACUGGAUUCAUAUGGACUGCACUUAUACCAGUGUUCUAUUUCACGGUUUUCGAGUCGGCAUACUUCAAGAGAGACGCGGAAAGCUUGGAGGUCAUAAGCGUAGUGCAGAACAAGUUGUCUAGCGAAUAUGACAACGAAGACCUCAAGGCAUCUAUCCUACCCCCACGCCAAAGCUAUCGACAACAACUUGCGCUUUCUCGUGGUAGGUUGUCAAACAAGUCUUUCCUAAAGGGAGUCAUCAAGCCUCUGGGUCUGUUGUCUUCACCCAUCGUUAUCUACAGCUGCAUUAUGAACGCCCUGAUUUUCAUACUUAUCGCUGGCAUGACCACAUUUCUCUCUAUCCUGCUAUCAUCUCCACCAUAUGAGUUGGGCCCCACUGAGAUCGGCCUGACCAACCUGCCACCCUUUGUGGUUGGUUUGGUCGCUAGUCCCUUAUUUGGCUGGAUGUCAGAUGCCUCCGUCUCAUUCAUGGCGCGCAAGAACAAAGGCAUAGCUGAGCCCGAGUUCCGACUAGUACUACUUUUACUCGCAGCUCCCAUCACUAUGUUCGGUCUUAUCAGUAUGGGAACUGCUUUCAAAGAGGAACAACCGCUGGUCUGGAUUCUCGUUUGGAUGACAGUGACCAACGUUGGCGCAGUAGCUGGAAUACAGCUUUCCAUCAAUUACGUCAUCGAUUGUCUUCCAGAACACUCAGCUCAGGCAUUCGCAUCCGUCAAUAUGGCCGCCGCUGGCACUGCAACGGCUGCACUUGGUCCUAUGAUCACUUGGCUUGAACUGGACGGACCCUUGACUGUCUUUGGGUGUAUGGCAGCAGGCUUGGCUAUGGCAACGGCUGUCAGCGUUCUGGUGUAUGUUUUUGGCAAGAAGAUGCGAGCUUGGUAUGACUCUUUAUCUUUUACGAAGAGCCUACUGGAUUAG